AUGCCGCGUUACCUGGACCAAGUCGCACUGGGCAGGGCUCUGCAGGAGCGCGCGAACCCUCUCCUUGAGGCAAUUGCCGCCAACGAUGCUUUGCACACCCAUUAUCUCAAGCGCUUCGAGAGCGAUGAACCUCCGCAGUAUGAUUCAGACAGCUCAUCAGAAUACGACGAAGACGAUGCUCCGCCAGAAGAUCCCAACACAAUUAUCGAGCGACCGUUCGAUGAGGACGAAAUCAAGCGGAUUGCUUCGGCAUUGGGUCCUCAAAUCAGCCCGGGCCAGCUCUACCUCUCAGAAUCAAAGCGUGAGGAGAAAAGGAUCAUUGAGAAUUGCCGUGGCUCAGUCUUCCAUAAGCCCAAGGGUAUCCGCCGGAUAGGAAUCGUUGCGCGCCACAACAUGAAGAAGCGAUGGGGAAGACUGGGCAUCUGGAAUCCCGCUUGGGGGUUUGCCGGACGCAAUGUUAAGCCAAACGACAACUUUUAUGAAUGGCGGUGGAAAUGGGAUCAAGACGACGGCGAAGGCUCUGUGUCCCAUGACCACAAGUGGGAAGAGGGCCUCAUCAAACGCAAAUUGCUCAUACGAAAGAAGUUGCGUCGUGGCGAGUAUGUGCGUAUUGUGCCCCAGCCUGCGCUCGCACAAGACGCCACGGCUUCUCAGGCCGAGUCAUAUUUCACAUCCAGGCCUUGGUUCAUGUUUGAGCUUGAGGUCACCGAAGAGAAGCAACGACUAAGUCGUAUCUCCUUCAAAGACCAACAUAAGUUGCCUCAGACUUCAAGCAUCGGGCAGGUCAUCGAGAGGUGGAAAGUUCGUGGGGAUUGGAGAGAUGAGUACGACGAAGAAGGUGUCACCUCCUGGACAUGGAAAGAUGAAUCUCACUCCCCAGAGCCCGAAGACUUGACGCCUAUACAAAGCAUGGAUGAUCUUGAUUCGCUGGACGCUACGGUCAUGGAUUUCACGCCUUCGGAGCUCGACGAACUAGAGACCAACGAACUCCCAUGGGAAGAGCAGCCGGAGACCUAUUGGGUUAUAUCAAAGGGCAUGGAAGAUACGCCUGCGUUCCCCGGACAGAUGCCGGAAGGUCACAGUCACGAUCACCAUUCCGAUCCUAUGCCCAUCGCGCGAUCAGCCACCGCCGGGGUUCUUGGUUCCAGGAAAGAGGCGCCUGAAUCCGCAACCGAUAAAACACCGCUCUCUGUAGAUGCAUCGGAACAGAAACCACUCGAUCCGCAGGAACGCGCCGUGAGCCAUACACCACAGCAAGCAAGACGUGGCCGUCCUCGCCAGCUGAAAAACGAGACGCGCAUUGCCAACGGUAACAUCCAGUCUUCUCCAGCACCCCGGCGUAGUGCCAGACUAGCUGGCACGAAACGCCCAGCCGAAUCGGCGCCCACAGCAGCUGCACCAAGCAAGAGACCCAGAGGCCGGAAAGCCUCCAGUGCUGGUCAGCCUACUGGGCCAGAGCCUGUGCCAACGAAGAAGCGCUCUGCACCAAAACGGCUACCGGCCGGGGGAGAGACGAAAGCAAUGCCCAAGCAAGGCAGGGGCCGUCCGAAAAAAGAGGUGCCAAACUCUGCCCCAGCGAAGACGGUCACUAAAGGCCAAAGUAAACGAGGACCGGGACGAGGGCGACCUAGGAAGGGAGACUCGGGACCUGGCCCAUCGCAAGAGAACACUCCCAAGAGAGGACGAGGACGUCCGAGAAAGGAGACUACCGCGACCACGCGUUCUUCUAUUUCAAAGAAGAAAUGA